AUGGCACACGCUUAUUUACAAUUAAGUGUGGAUAACGACGCCGCGGAUGCACAAACAAUUGUAACCUAUAAAGGAGCGUUUAGGUGCAAGAAAUUACAAUUCGGGGUAUCAAUAGCUCCACAAGUGUUCCAACAAUUUAUUGACAAUAGAUUGCGCGGAAUUUCGGGCGUGAUUCCAUAUUUUGACGAUAUCUUAAUAGUCGGAAAGUCUGAUACAGAUCUCGAAGUAAAGGUGCGUGCGGUUCUCCUUCGAUUUAAAGAAGAUGGACUUCGAUUAAAAAGGAGAAAGGAGUGUGUUUUCCGUACGGAAUGUUUAAAUUUCCUGGGGUUUCACAUAAGUGCGGCCGGGGUUCGUCCCACUAAAGACAAAAUAAACGCUAUCGUGAAUGCGCCGGCUCCUGCGAACAAAACAGAAUUACAAGCAUUCCUAGGUCUUGUAACCUUCUAUCACAGUUUUAUCAAAGACAAAGCUUCAAUAGCCGAAGCCCUACACAAAUUACUCCAUAAAGACGUUGAUUUUAAGUGGGGUGCUGAGCAAAACAAUGCUUUUAAAAAGUUGAAAGACAUCCUCGCGAGUGAACCACUUUUAGUUCACUAUAAUGAGAACAAUCCAUUAAUUUUGACAUGUGACGCAAGUGCGUACGGGGUGGGUUGCGUGUUGAGCCAAUUGCAAUCAUCGGGUCGCGAAGCACCUGUUGCGUACCACAGCAGAACCCUAUCAUCGGCUGAACGCAAUUACGCGCAAAUUGACAAGGAGGCGCUAGCAAUAGUGAAUAAUUGUUCCAACCGGAGGGAGGAAAAGGGUCCUAAGAACCUUACAUACAGCGCAUCCCGGAAUAGUGCGAAUGAAGGCUUUGGCGAGGUCGUACGUUUGGUGGCCAGGGCUCCGACAAGAAACUUUCCGCCUAAAGCGCCUUUACAUCCAUGGGAGUGGGCUAGAGCUCCAUGGUCAAGACUGCAUUUAGAUUUCGCCGGACCUGUAAAGGGGAAAUAUUUCCUCAUCAUAGUGGACGCUUACUCUAAGUGGUUGGAAGUGAGACAGGUGGGAGGACCUUCCACUGCGGAAACAAUAAGGGUUCUACGCGAACUAUUUGCAACACACGGUAUCCCGGAUGUUUGCGUCUCUGACAAUGGUACAGCUUUCACAUCGAUAGUUUUUAAAGAAUUUUUAAAAUCAAACUCCAUAAGACAAGCUUUGGUGGCUCCGUAUCAUCCGAGCAGUAAUGGGCAAGCCGAAAGGAUGGUGCAAGAUUUUAAAAUGGCCUUGAAGAAGAUGUCGGAAGAUAGCCUAGACAAAGUGUUGGCAAGAUACCUCUUGACACAACACAUAACGCCGCAUACAACGACAGGAAGAGCUCCAUCAGAAUUAUUAAUGGGAAGAAGACUCACUUGUCUACUGGAUAGAGUACAUCCGAAUUUUAGCAAAAAAAUGAAGGAAAAACAAGAAGAUCAGUGCUCAACAGCAGCCCCAAGACGCUUCAACAGCGAUGAUCCCAUUUUUAUAAGAUCAUACACAGCACAACAGAAGUGGGAACCUGCCACCGUAGCUGAAGCGACGGAACCACUGAGUUAUAAAGUACUUACUCCGGAAGGUAAGCUCUUAAAGAGACACUCUGAUCAAAUAAGAGAUAGAGAACUGACAGAAGAGAUGAAACCUGAGGCAGAUGGAAGUUUACACAGUCCGGCUGAUUCCGAGGAUGAAGAUGUGCCACAACGGACAACGUCCGAUCAGUGGCGAGACUAUCAUCAAAGAAAAGAAUUGGAGAAACAAAGGAAGGAACAAGAAAAAGAAGAACGCAAGAGAAAAAGAGAACUAGCAAAAAUAGAAAAAGAAAACAAGUUCAAGUCCAGAAAAAAGAUUAAGCCUAGCACAGAAAACGAUGAAUCCUCUUCGGAGUCCUCGGUUAAGAUGAAUAUUCAAUCCGAAGGAGAAGGAGAUGGUUGA